CAUCCUUUAACUUCAUUUCCCUAAAACAAAGCAAUCUUGCACAUUACAACAAAUAUGGCUGCUUUUAGCAAUUGUUCAAUCGGCCUCUUGUUGAUCGUUGCAUUAUUGUCCUUAUCAAGUGUAUCGACAAGUCAUGCUGCUCGUAGCCUACUGCAGCUUCCCAACUUGCCUACGAUCCCAUCAUUGCCUAAGCCAACAAUGCCACAAUUGCCCAAUAUUCCAAACUUGCCAACAGCAUCCACAUUGCCCCCAUUGCCAAGUGUAACAUCUCUGCCAACACUUCCAACAACUAAUUCGCCAUUGCCAUCAUUGCCUACAUUGCCCUCUGUCCCGAAAAUGACUCUGCCUCCAAUGUCUGCCAAUAUUCCUCUCCCCAACAUGCCAUCACUUCCAAACAUUCCUACAAUUCCAACCAUUCCAACAUUUUCACCUCCCCCAUCCAACUAAUCUUGCAACUGCCAACCGCGUGAUUUUUCCCUUUCUUACCCUACACUCUACCGCACUUUUUUUGUUUGUUUGUAAUUUUAUGUGAUUCUCGAUGAUGUACUGUAUCAUUUAUACACUUCUGAGUGUUAUACAUUGAUUGUCAUUUGUGUUAAUCCAAUGCAGUGUCUAUUAUUGAUUC